AUGGUAACUCUAAACGAAUGGGUGGCCGUGGAAGCGGAUUUGCAAACUCAAGCGUCGGAGGUGAAACAUGGCUUUACUCGGAAAUAUGAAGACAGCAAGUGGUCGCGGCGAGACGGGAGAAACAACAAAUCAUACGGCGCGAGUCUACAAGAUGGCAAGAAGAUCAGUAACGAAAUCGAGAGAAAAGGAAAAUUGUGCAGAGCUUGUGGAGAAAUGCACCAUCUCAAGAAAUGCAAAGUGUUUACUGGAUGGUCUUUUGAAAAGAAAUGGGAGGCAGCGAAACGAUUUGGAGUGUGCUUUCGUUGUCUGGAUUACGAUCAUUUAGGACACCAGUGUCCAAAAAGUAAAGCCUGCGAUGUCGCUGGAUGCAAGAAAACACAUCACCCUCUGUUGCACAAAUCACUACCCCGACAAGAAACAAAGGUACCCAGCACGGAGGGGGAUACACAAACAACGACUCUAAACACCAUCGAAAGACACGAAGAGAGGAUUAUUGCACUUCGUACAGUCCCUGCGAUUCUCAAACACGGAAAGAGGCGAUUAUUAGUGAACUGUUUUCUUGACGAGGGCAGCGACACCACCUACGUAAAUGAAGAUGUGAUCGAGACGUUAGGAAUUAGUACAGAGAAAGAAGAAAUCACCAUCAAUGUAGCAAACGAUCAGAAGGUACGACUUAUGGCUGCUACUCUUGAAAUUGGCCUAGAAAGCGUUGAUGGAAAAGUCGAUACAACGAUCGUGGUGAAAACCAGUGACAAGAUUUGUGGAGGAAUGAAACCUACCGACUGGGUAACAAUGAAGCAACAGUGGAAUCAUUUAAAGGACAUUCCUUUCCCACACCUCGCAGAGAAAGGAGUUAUCGAUGUUUUGCUCGGAUCGGAUUACUAUCACCUGAUGUUUCCCAUGCAGGAAAUUCGAGGUCAGGAAGACGAACCAGCCACUAGACUUUGUCCUUUGGGCUGGACUGCUAUCGGAAGAAUCGGAAAAUCGACACAACCGAGAGGAACAGCAUGUGUCAACACUGGCUACUUACAUACGUUCCGUACGUGUGCACAGCAAUUAACCCCAGACAUCGUUACUGCAUUGCAUGAAGAUUUGAACGUCACACUCAAGCGUUUCUGGGACCUCGAAACACUCGGCAUCGUCCCACAGAGUCAAGAAGAAAACGAGUUGACACCCCUGGAGAAGAUAGCCCAGAAAAAGGUUGAACAGUCGCUGUCAUACAACGGUGAUCGGUACGAAGUUUCAGUACCGUGGAAACAAGAUCGACCUAACCUGCCAAACAAUCGACAGAUGGCCGAGAGAAGAUUACAGCUUUUUGAAAAGAAACUUCAGAAGGACACGCAACUGGCCAACGCCUACCAGGGUGUAAUCGAUGACUACCUGGAGAAAGAAUACAUCAGAGUUGUACCCACAUCGGAACCAAGACCAGAAAGCGAGUGGUUUUUACCGCAUUUUCCAGUGGUACGCCCAGAUCGAGAAACAACCAAGGUUCGCAUUGUGUUCGAUGCGUCGGCACAGCUGAAUGAGAAGAGCCCGAAUACAGAAGCGUUGCCAGGUCCAAAGUUACAGAGCAACAUAUUCGACAUCCUGGUACGAUUUAGAAAAGAGCUGGAAGUGUUGGUUAGUGAUGUCAGUCAGAUGUACCAUCAGCUGGUUCUUAAACCCGAAGACAGGCCUUUCCAUCGGUUCCUGUGGCGAAAUCUUGACAUACAGUGCCCACCGCAGGUUUACGAGUUCUCCAGAUUCGUUUUCGGAGGCUGCUACUGCCCGUUUUGUGCUCAAUUCACAUGGCAACGCCACGCUGAAAUCCACAAGACACAGUACCCUUUGGCCGCAGACGCUAUUAGGAACCACUGCUACAUGGACGACCUGAUGCCUUCGGUGGCAACAAUCGAAAUCGCAAAAGAAACAAGAAAACAACUGACGGAACUGGGAAACUUGGCUGGGUUUCACCCGAGAAAAUGGAUGUCCAAUCAAGCAGAAGUUUUAAAGGACAUACCAGCCGAAGACCGAGCACAAACCAUCGACUUAGAAGAAAACAAGCUAUCGACAACCAAGACCUUGGGGGUGCUGUGGACCGCAGACCUAGACACAUUCUCCUUUAAAUAUUCGCUGACCCCAGAAACAGAGCUCACCAAGCGAAAAGGACUAAAGAAGACAGCAACCAUCUUUGACCCGCUUGGUUUCCUAGCGCCGUACGUUGUUAGAGCCAAGAUCCUCAUUCAGCAGGCCUGGGUAGAAGCGACCGGUUGGGAUGUCCCCCUCCCAGGCCAUCAUCACAAGCAAUGGAAGUCCUGGUUCGAAGAAUCCAUCGGUCUACAAGGAAUCCGCAUUCCAAGAUGUUUAAAGGAUCGUCAUUCUACAGCAGUCAAAGCUUCUCUUCACACGUUCUCGGAUGCUUCCGAAGCAGCAUAUGCCGCAGCUGUUUACAUUCGACACGAGUACGAAGACAAAUCUAUCACGACACGUUUAGUUGGUUCGAAGACCCGGCUUUCUCCAUUAAAGGCAAUGAGCAUCCCACGACUCGAGCUCAUGGGGGCAGUAAUUGGACUACGGUUGACGAAACAGAUUAGUGCUGCUCUGGAGAUCCCUUUGUCACCAGCAACGUUCUGGGUUGAUAGCAUGAACGUUGUCUAUUGGAUACACGGACAGAGUCGUAACUACAAACCAUUCGUUUCCCAUCGCGUAGGGGAAAUCCACGAACAGUCGGACCCCAACCAAUGGCGUUAUGUUCCCACAAAACAGAAUCCAGCGGACUUCGGAACCAGGGGACUAACAGUUUCAGAAUUAGCAGACAGCGAGAUGUGGUGGAAAGGUCCGACCUUCUUGGCGUUUCCAGAAAGUGACUGGCCUAAACCAAAAGCAGCGAAUCCAAAAGAGGAAGCCUUGACAGAAGUGAGAGCUGAACGAAGACCAGAUCUAAAGAACCAGCUUUCCAGACAAGAGGAAGAGAACGACAAUCCAAAUUCAGAACAGGAACAUUCAACCUUCGUUAUUCUCGAAAAAGGAAAAUUGGCGUUUAAACCCAGCAAGAUUCUCCAAAUGGUACCGAGCUUCUUCUCAGGGACAGUUAGAAAUCGGAUACUCACUGGUUCGGGUGAGGAGUUGGGUCAUGCGAUUUAUCAAGAACUGUAG